GAAGAAAGAAGUCAAUGAAAGCGCGUUGAAGAAGUUACGAAGCUCCUGUGGUGAUCGCUUCUCCGGUGAUCGUUGUCGGCGGAAAAAUCCUCCGAUUACGGUAAGACCUUUCACUACAUGUGAUUUUCGGCAGCAAAUCAUUGUCGAAGAAGAGAGAGAAAGACAACAGCAAACGAUUGUUUUGUUCCUUCGUAUCACUAUUCAUCUCUCAUAUUCAUGCUUCUUUUUUCGAUCAAUUCUGCUAUAUAACUAUCAUAUAUGUAUUUCCUUAUAUCAUGAUCAAUUAAAUUUGUGGUUGUGUAUGCAUAUUCUGGAGUUUUAGAUUGUGUCCCAAAUCUAGGGUUUUUUCCCUUUUAUAAAGAAAAAAAAAUUGAAUUGUGGGUUCUAGGAUAGGGUUUAUACGCUGUCCGAUUAGGUUUGACUUAGGGUCAAAUUCAAUUCUGUAUCUUUGUUUUUGGGUUUAAUUGGUUGCUCAAGAAGAGUUGUUGGUUGAUAAUCAUUAUGGCAGCAGGAAGAUGCGAUAUUCCAAGGAAUAGAGAUUUUCACUGCUCUAGAAAAGAAAUUCAUCACGAUAGAAAAGAUUACCGUGACUUAGAAUUGAGUAGAAGUCGUGGUCGGCAUGGUGGGCAUAAAAUUGAGUAUGGUUCUUAUACAAGCAGGAGUAGUUUGCGUGGCCGGACUGAUGGUGGUCUUAGGCAAGGCAGAGGAUAUGUUGGUAGGAUGGGAGAUCGAGAUGGGGGUGAAUUAUCGUGCUCAGGCAGGUCCAGUGAUGCCCAUUCUUUUCAGUCCGGGUUUGGGAAUAAUGACCUUUCAAAGUUUGAAGAUGGAAGGCUGAUGCAUUUGGAGAAGAAGAGAAAGUUUUCGCCUAUUGUGUGGGACAGGGAUGGUAAGGAAGUAAGAAUUGUUUCGAAGAACAGAAUUGUACCAACAAGUGCUCCCCUUCAUUCCCCACCAUCGUUGGUGAGUUCUCUUGAGAAGGUGCAAAAUGUUCCUUCAGAUGGGGAUGUUACUAUGUAUCCUGUCACUGCUACUCAGCUUCUUUGCUUGCAGAUUUCCCCAGUUAAGCCUGCCGUGGCAAUUGGAUCAGUGGGUGGAUCUCAGUCUGUGGCAGAUUCGCCUAAUUUGUUGCAUCCAGAGCAGAGUAAGAACAAUGAUCUGGAACCAGGGCUCACGGAAGAGGAAGAGUACCUCAAGGCACGGAACAUCUCAGCAUCACGGUGGGCAUACGACGAAAAUUCCCCUGGGGAUAUAUGUUCCAAUAACGAGGAAGACAUGCCUUCUAGGAGGGAAGUAGUUCAUCAUGUGAAUUCAUUAAAAACAGUAUCAGCCAGGGACAUGUCUAGUCCUGAGAGUGGGGAGUUUUGGAGGGAAGGCUCUGAUGGCAGCAGUGAAAAAUCAUCCCAGUCUGGAGGAGGUCACUUUUUGGGGCCUGCCAAUGGAGAUGAAUUUACUGAGAAUGAUCUGAACGAUCAUGAUUUUAUGGAAGUUGAUGGGAAGCAUGAUGAAGCUGCUGGGGUUAAGGACUCAGACUCUGAGGAUGAUAGUUCUUCCUGUAGGAUCCAAGGGCAUGCAGUUCCUAAUAAUCGAAGCAUAAACAUGCUUCAAGGUUGUAGAAGCUUGUUUGAGUACGAGAAACUUAACAAAAUAAAUGAAGGCACUUAUGGUAUCGUGUAUAGAGCUAAGGAUAAGAAGACUGGGGACAUUGUGGCAUUAAAGAAGGUAAAGAUGGGGGUGGAAGGAAAUGGCGGGUUUCCUUUGUCAGCUUUGAGGGAAAUUAACAUUCUUUCGUCUUUCCAGCACCCAUCAAUUGUAAAUGUUCAAGAAGUUGUUAUGGGUGACCUUGACAAUGUUUUUAUGGUUUUGGAGUACAUGGACCAUGAUCUCAAGGAGCUGAUGCAGGUGAUGAAGCAGCCUUUUAGUCAGAGUGAAGUUAAAUGCCUGAUGCUACAGCUAUUAGAGGGUGUCAAGCAUCUUCAUGAUAAUUGGGUCAUCCACAGGGAUUUGAAGACAGCAAAUCUUCUUGUGAAUAACAGGGGUGAGUUGAAAAUCUGUGACUUUGGAAUGGCUCGACGAUAUGGGAGCCCUUUGAGACCGUAUACUCCUUUGGUUGUCACCCUCUGGUACAGGGCACCCGAAGUACUUCUUGGAACAAAAGAAUAUUCAACUGCUAUUGACAUGUGGUCAGUGGGUUGUAUAAUGGCUGAACUCUUAGCCAAGGAACCACUAUUCAAUGGGAAAACUGAAUUGGAUCAGCUUGACAAGAUUUUCAGAAUUCUUGGCGUACCAAAUGAGACUGUUUGGCCAGGGUUCUCCGAACUGCCAGGUGCCAAAGCCAAUUUUGUUAAGCAACAGUAUAAUCUGUUGCGUAAGAGAUUUCCUGCCGUAAGUUUCACGGGAUCUCCAGUUCUCUCGGAUCUGGGACUUGAUUUGUUGAACAAGCUUCUAACUUAUGACCCUGAGAAGCGAAUAACAGCAGAAGCUGCUCUAGGGCACGGCUGGUUCCAUGAGGUCCCUCUUCCCAAAUCUAGAGAAUUUAUGCCUACAUUUCCUCCUCAGCAUAUUGCGGACAGGUAUCUUAACCCGAGAAUACAGAGUCACAGAACCUGGAAAUAAAUUCACACUCAAUUCAUUCAAGCUCCAUUGACUGAGUUCAAAAUUUUGUUAAUCUGAGCAUUGGGUAUUCUAUGUAGAAGAGUGAAGAGUCGAGAUGAGCAACCCAGGAAGUAACUAAAGCAAGUUCUAUUUGGCUUUGAGUGGGUGGUGGAUAAGUGGAAUACGCUGGUGCUUGUUGGCCUUUGGUAUGUGUAAUUGCUCUCACUUUUAUGUAUUUUUUGACAGAUUAUGUAUAAAGCCAAAAGUGAGGGAAUAAAAAAAGUUUUUCUAAA